CAGGGAGCCCGUCGGAAGUGUGCGUGGUGCGCCCUACCCUCAACGUCGCUCAGCGGUGCCAGAAUUACCACUACGACCCCGGCCAUUCACCAGGGCUGCGGGAAACGAUCCAGACGAAGGCGACGGAGGCAUGCAGCCCCUCCUGCGGUGGCCUGACGUCCGCCAUCACCGCCCGCCUGCCCAUCCUGUCGUGGCUGCCGGCGUACAAGCUGCGGGAGUCUCUCCUUGGCGACGUCAUUGCCGGCGUCACUGUUGCCAUCAUGCAUAUUCCCCAAGGUAUGGCCUACGCGCUGCUGGCCAACCUCCCGCCCAUCAAUGGAAUCUACAUGGCUUUUUUCCCCGUGCUGAUCUACGCCUUCUUGGGCACUUCGCGUCACUGCUCCAUGGGUACCUUCGCCGUUGUCUGCCUGAUGACCGGUAAAGUCGUGGCAGAUCUGUCCACUCCUGAAAGCGUUGACAUAGGAGCAGAUUUAGCAAACAAUUCCACCACGUCGGAGCCAUCUUAUUCACCAAGCCAAGUCGCUGCUCUGGUUUCCUUUACGGUUGGGGUCUGGGAGCUCAUCAUGGGAUUGCUACAGCUCGGGUCACUUAGCGUCUUCCUCUCUGACAUGCUGGUAUCUGGAUUCACAACUGGGGCUGCCAUUCAUGUGUUGACGUCACAGGUCAAGUACCUCUUUGGGCUUCACAUCCAACGAUACAGUGGACCAUUAAAGAUUAUUUAUACGUACCGUGAUAUCAUCCAGCAGUUACUAAAAUCCAACCCAGCAGCUAUGGUUGCUUCCAUGAUCACAAUUGGUGCUUUAACAUUUAACAAUGAAGUGAUUAAGCCUAAAUUGCGAGAAAAGACGAAAAUCCCCAUCCCCAUUGAACUUAUUGCCGUUAUUCUUGGAACGGUUGCCUCUUACUUUGGAGAGCUAAAUGAAAACUAUGGCAUUCGCAUUGUAGGAGAAAUUCCAACUGGAUUGCCUGAGCCAGAAGCACCGCCAUUUGAGCUUCUACCAAAAGUGGUUGUUGAUGCGUUUAUUAUCACAAUUGUAGCAUAUACAAUAUCUUUCUCAAUGGCAAAGAUAUUUGCUAAGAAGCAUAAUUAUGAAGUUGAUGCAGCUCAAGAGUUAUAUUCACAGUCUGCAAGUAAUGUAUUUGGAUCCUUCUUCGGAUGUGCUCCCAUUGCUGCAUCUUUGUCCCGGUCACUAAUUCAGGAAGCAGUUGGAGGCGUCACUCAAAUCACGUCACUCAUCUCAUGUUCUCUUCUACUGCUUGUUCUUCUGUUUGUGGGACCAGUUUUUGAAAAGCUUCCAAAUUGUGUGCUGUCAUCAAUCAUUGUUGUGGCGCUGAAGGGAAUGUUCCUACAAGUGAAUGACCUGAAGAGGGUGUGGGCCAUCUCACGCGCCGAUGCAUCAAUAUGGAUUGCAGCCUUCCUUGCUGUUGUUAUUAUUGACAUUGAUUAUGGCCUGAUGGUUGGGGUCCUGAUGUCACUGGUAGUUUUGCUUAUUAGAGGCCAAAAACCUAGCACAGCCAUUCUUGGGUCCAUCCCCAACACAGACAUUUAUUUGGAUAUUAAGAAAUACUCCUCGGCUGUGGAAAUACCUUCAGUUUGCAUAUUCCAGUUCAAUGGACCUCUUCACUUUGCAAACAGUGAAUACUUCCGAACUCAGAUUUUCUCCAUGACUGGCCUAGACCCUAAUGUCAUUGUUAGUACAAAGAAAGCUCUAGAGAAGAAGCAAUCAAAAUCUAACCUUGCCAUCAAGGAGAAUGGGGUGCAUGAGAGUGCAGAGAAAAUCCCCGAGAACUCUGAGGAGAAACCCAAGGACAGCAUCAGUGAGAAGCAACUAAAUGGCGCUGCAAGGUUCAUCAAGGGGAGGUUCAGCAACAAGAAGAAUAAGCAUGUGGUACUUUCCUUGCCUGAUAUUAAAUGGAUAAUCCUUGAUAUGAGUAAAAUUAUCUAUUUGGAUUCCACUGGUGGAAAACUCAUUGCACAGCUCCGGAAAGAAUACAAUGAUGCUGGCAUCACACUUAUUCUUGCCUCAGUCUCAGAAAGUGUAUUGGAUAGCUUAGAGAAAUGUGGCACCCUGAAGACAAUCGCUACCGAACAAAUCUUCCAUUCAGUCCAUGAUGCAGUUACUGUCCUCUCGGUAUUAGAUCAAUCAGCUGUUUCAGGAAGUAACUGCACCAAGCUCUGAACAAGUUUAUGAAGGAACAUCAUGCAUUUAUUGUUAUUAUAUUUUUUCAUGCAAUUCUAAAAAACAUAUCACAGUCCUAAAAGGCAAAGUUGCAUUGGUGCUUAGCCUUCACUCUAAGUUGAGAAAAGUAAAAAUAGGGCAUAGCUGCAUGAUCUGUAGAUUUAUUGAAAUAAGGUUUGAAAAAUGAAUCAGAAAAAAAGGAUUAACAUCGGCUUAAAAAGAAUUAAGGCAGGUAUUUCUGCAAUUUUAUUGAGAAAAAAAUUAAAUAUCUACAUGCUGUUUCAUACAUAGUAGCUCAAAUGGUAUAUGUUUUCCUAACAAUUACAUUUUUUUCUUGUGAAUAAUUACAUAGGUUAUUAUCUUUUAAAGCAUUCAUAUUUUUUCAUGGUAAUGAAAUAUUUGUUGAGUUGGGUUCAUUAAUUUAUGGAGGUGUUCAUAUAGUGUUUGGUUUGCAAAUCAGGACUGAUUUGUUACUGAAAAGUCAUAUUGGAAGUAUGUUGUAUUUGCAAUCACAAGUUGCCAUAAAACAUUUCUAAAGGUUUAAAUAUAAAAAAAGACAAAUAAGUUUUUGAUGGGAAUGGCUCAGGUUCCAAAGACAUUUUUCAGGCUAAUUUUAGUGUGAAGUAAUAUUUUAUUUGUACAAAGGUAGAGUGAUGCAUAGGAUGAAUACAGUGCAUUUUUACCAAGAAACUUGAGAAAUUCUUUUACAAAAACGUGAACUAAAUAAUGAAAUCCAUCUAUCUCUAUUUAUUAGUGGCCAGUCAUGCAAUUUGUCCAAGAAAUUUAUUAUAGAUACAACAAGUGUAUGUUCUUUGAGUUUGCUAUUUGUAACGCAUAGACCAUACUAAGUUGCACUCUUGGAUUUUGCAUUUUUAGUUUAUAACUAUGAGUUGCUUUUGGACAGCUUACUGUCAAGUAAAAAGCUAGUUAAAAACUGCCAAUCAUGUAGGUAGACUUCCUGUAUCAGUAUGUGUUUUAACAUGUUUUAUGUUAGAACAUGAAACCCUAGCUUCAACAGUAAGAUGCAAGCACAUAUGCAUUAUUUAUAGGUUAUUUAUGGUAUGUAAGUUUUGUGGGGGGGGAUGCAAAUAAGUUAAUGUAAUAUUAGUAGUGAUUGCAAAUGAUUAGAUAGUAAGCAGUAAAUAAAAAUUAAGACUAUAUAAAAAAAAAAAAUUCAGUAAGAGACUUUUGUAUCUGAAUUUUCUGCUCAUGUACAUUUGGUAGACACUAUUACAGAUUAUAUGUCAUUUUACAAUUUAAAUUUUGUGCAUUAUCAUAUCUCUUAUACUUAUAGAAAAUGAGUGGAUUUAUUGAAAAUAUUUGUUCUUCAACCUGUUUCUCAUGAAGUGCUCCUGCUUUACCAGCUUGUAAGUUCUCUUCCUGAUAAAUGUUCCAAAGUUUAUACUACUUAGUCCAUUUGUAAAGUUACUAAGUUGGUAUUUUAUAAAGAAUCUCAUUUUCCAUAUUACAAAAAGAAAAUCAGACCUUACAUCAAAACAUUUCUUCAGGAAGAAAUAUAUCUGGUCUUGUUUUGUCUGAAAAGAUAUUUAGAGCAAUAAGGAAAAUGAUAAGGUGUACCUUAGCAGAGUGUAUAGAUAGUCAUGAUAUGUGUUCAGUUUUGUACAUUGUAUUUGUGAUAGCAUGUGCCUUUGUGUGUUGCUGUGCAUCACUGGAACUUGAUGUUCACGUGAAGCAGGGUUUGGCAGAGUAUUUGCUAGAGGGUUGUGCACUUGCCUUUAAAGACCUUUUUAUAGUGACAGAUCUUACUGAAUCAUAAGACAGGUUAUGUAAAAA